AUGUCCAUUCUUUCUAACCACGUCUACACCAUCGUCAGCAGGGGUCAGGUCAACGAUAACAAUGUUGCCCUGGACUUGCUGGGAGGAAAUUCGGAGAACGGCACUCAAUGUCAACUCUGGGAAGAUUCCACUACAAAAGACGUGUUCAACCAACAAUGGAUCAUUCAGGAAGUCCCAGGACAGCCUGGCACUUACACCCUGCGCAACCUGAGGUCUGGAACCUACCUCGAUUUGGAUAAUGCCUCAAAGCAGAACGGAGCAAAGAUCCAAGGUUGGGCCAAUGUCGUCGGUACAUCAUACGCAAAGGAUCAGCAGUGGAAAUUUAUCGCCAACGGCCCCUACUUCAAGAUCCAAAAUGUUGGGAGCCAGACCUUCAUUGAUAUUUUCGAGAAAAAUUACACUCCUGGAACGAAGGUCCAUGGAUGGCAACCCUACCCAACCGAAUCUCAAGAUUGGGUUAUCCAUCGCGUGAGCCGCACCGCGGAUGAAAUCAAGGCCAUUCUCUACAAGAAUCCUCACAUCCCUCCCACCUGCCAGACCUACCUCCAAGACGGAUUGUACGUCAUGGUCCCCAAGGGCGCGCGUGACGAGAUAUACGCCAAGUCGGGGCUUAAAACAACAAAAUGGCGUAACCAAAUAUUUGACUGCGACGACUUUUCAUUUGUUACAAAGGCUGAAGUUGCCAAGUGGGGUAAUUCGGAGUUGAAAGCAGAUGGAAUUGCUAUUCUCUGGGGAGUUAUCUUUGGCAGCAAAGGCUCUAUUGGACAUGCGUACAAUUUCUUCUUGAAUGACACAAUGGACGCUGUGGUCUUCUUCGAGCCCCAGAAUGGGGAAGAAUAUUCUGACAUUGGAUACCAAGGCUACUUUAGUGUCUUUUAG